CAAAUUAAACAGUUCGUAGAUUAUACGUCGUGCAAGAUGAACCUAACAUUUACAAUAGGAGGGAAAACCAUUCAGUAUUUAGGAGCAAUAUGUGUGAAUAUCUCAUCGAUUGUGUAUGGAAUUAACGUGGGAUGGGCUUCUCCAGUUAUACUCCUUCUGCUCUCGGAUCAGAGUCCUCUGAUCUCAGGAGCAGUGACCAAAGCUGAUACGUCCCUCUUCAGCUCAAUUCUCUACAUUGGAGGCAUGGUUGGUACACUGAUUUUCGGAUGGUUAGCCGAUAGAAUUGGUCGAAAGUGGUCUUUAUUCCUGGGGACACUCCUUCAAAUUCCAGCACACCUUCUCAUCGCAUUUGCCACAGGACUUACCCAUCUCUAUGUCUCGCGAAUUUUGAGUGGAUUAGCUGCUGGUGCGAGUUUUGUCGUAACCCCAAUUUAUGUCUCAGAAAUAGCAGAACCUUCGAUAAGAGGCUCUCUUGGGUCAUAUUUCGCGUUUAGUGUUUGCAUAGGAAUUCUCCUGGGUUUCGUUAUUGGAGGAUAUGUCACUUUCUUUAUCUCUCCCUACGUUGUCCUUGCUUUCAUUUGCAUCUUUGUCUUCGUCUUCCCGUACUUCCCUGAUACACCACAAUAUCUCCUGCUCAGUGGCAAAGUCAAAGAUGCUGAAAAAUCACUGAGAUUUUUCCGUGGUAUUGGAGAUAGCUCAACCGAAGGCAUCCCAGAAAGUGUUAAGGCUGAAUUGGAAAAACUUAAAAGUACUCCUCAAACUUCCAAGAAAACUGUGUUUGUUUCCCUUGAGGAUUUUCGACCAAAAUCAACAAAAAAAGCUCUUCUCAUUAGUUUUGUGUUAAUUGCUGGCAGAAACUGUUGUGGUAUCUUCCCCCUUUUGAACUUCACAUCAAGCAUCUUCCAAGAAGCUGGAGCAGACCUAUCGCCAAAUUCAUCAGCAAUUAUCGUAGGAGUCAUCCAGCUGGUGGGACUUUACAUUUCCCUAACAUUAAUCGAUAGAGUCGGACGACGGAUACUGCUGAUAAUUUCUUCAAUAGGCACUGGAAUCUGCCUCGCGAUCUUGGGUGUUCAUUUCCACCUUAAGAGUAUCUCCGUGGAUCUUUCAGCUUUCGGAUGGAUUCCUUUAAUCUCAUGUUCAGGAGCUGUAUUUAUUGCUGCUCUUGGAAUCAUGAAUGUGCCUUUCUUCAUUGUUGCCGAAAUUGUUCCCGCCAAAAUACGCAGUUCCGUGGCAACAGCUUUUCUCUUCACAUCCUUACUGCAUUCCUUCCUCUUUGUGCAAUACUUGGUGACCUUCGUGGAUAGUUUUGGGAUGCAAACUUGUAUGUGGACAUUCGCCGGAUGGUGCUUCCUUGAGUUGAUUUUUGUGCUGACCAGUGUACCUGAGACCAAAGGCAAGAAUGCUGAAGAGAUUGUUAGAGUGCUUGAAGGGAAAUUCGCACAGUCAUCGAGUUCAGUCAUAAACAGAGAAGAUAUUGUAGAAAAUACAACUCGAUGAUAAGAAUUUCAUACAAUAAAACUGUUGUCUCUAUA